CACCUGUGAAAAGAAGGAUUAGUUAAACAAAAUUUUAAGUGACUUCUUACGGAUUAUAAAUCGAUCAUUGCAACAGAACUGUAAGUCUAGAAUAUAAGCAAUUGGACUAUAGAAUAUUAGUUUGUAAUCGUAAAUUCUAACUCGAUAAGAUGCCGCCGUUUUUAAAUAAACUAGUAAGGGCCAGAAGGAAGAAGGGUCGCAAAAAUAGUCUGCGUGGUGUUAAUGUCAUGUUUGUAGAGGAUGUUUCGGGGGAAUCUCCCAGCACAGAAUCUUCCUUUUCUUUGCAUACUAGUGAGCUUCGAUUGCAAGAGUCACUUCUUGUACCUGCCCAGUCUACGACACAGAGAUGGGGUGAGACGGGCGGCGUAUCAAUUUCAUCUAAUAGUACGGCUAAUAAUACACUUAGGAUUCCGUCCAGAGCACUACCUUCUAACAUGUUAGGUUCUUCUUCAGAUGCGAAUGUGCAUCCGUCAAAUAAAUCGAGUCUAGGCUCAUUGCAACCUUUUUUAAAUAACGCAAUUAAGGGUGUGGUUACGAUACCGUCUAAGCUUCCAAAAACCGUCGAAGAAUUGAUAGUUCUAAUCAAAUCCACAUUUGCUCAAAGUUUUAAUUUAAACUAUACCCAAAAUGAAUUAAAGGCUGUAUAUCGUCGUGAAAGCGAAACAAUAGAAGAGUACGGAUUUCGAGUAAAUGAUAUUCUAGAUCGCGGGGUACAGGCGGCGAAAGAAAAUUUGAAUUCGAAAGAAUUUGGGGAAGUUAAAAAAUUGCUUAUGACGAGCGCGAUGACCGGAUUUUUAAGGGUGAUAUUAAAGAAUUAAGGGAAGUUAUAAAAUUAGCGUCUAGAAUUGAAAAAUAUGUAAACUCUCCACGGACAUCUAGAAAUGCGAAUACUUCUGAUAUUAAUCCUAGGGUAUUGAGAGCAGAAGUGCGUAAGAAAACGGGUUUUAGUUGUGGGAAAACAGGUCAUUUUUCUAGGGAAUGCCUUUCGCGACCGGAUCGUCAAUACGGGAGGCCAAUUCGCAACGCGCUUAGGUGUCGGAAAUGUGGGAAAUUGGGCCGAACCAAUUUAUCAUGUAGGAGGAGAGAUGUUAACCGUGUUUGGAAAAAUCGCGAUCACCAGUUUCCUUUCAGUUUCUAAAAAUCAAAGAAAUCCUUUGAAUACGAAAAGGAGUUGUCAGUA